AUGGGUAUCAAAGACAAAUUCCAAAAAUUCAAACGCUACCUUUCUGGCGCUCCAAUCAAGGGCGAAACGUACAAGGAUGCCCCUGAUGUGAGAGACUUGCCUCACAUGAAGGAUGCCGAUGGCCAGUUGAUAGCUGUGUCGUCGGGAAAGCGUGAGCUGUCACCAGUGUUGAGUGCGAACCUAAACAUUCAAAACUCCAGAAGAGCUGAGCCUAUAACAGAGGAAAACGACACAAUUGAGGCCCAGUUGACUAAAGCCUAG